CUAUAAAACACUCGUGAACGCAGUGCGAGCUCAGUGAAUCUGGAGUGCAGUGCGCAGAGCCGCCGGAGUGUGGAUAGUACUGCGCUAAGGACCUGUCCAGAGAGCAUCUCAGCUGGGAACAUGAGAGAAGCAGAGAAACACAGCCCCCUGCCAGAUGCUAGCAGCUCAGAUCCUCUAGAACGAAGGAGGAGGAAAGCAAUAUGGCUGGUGGUUGGCAUGCUGCUCUUGUCACUUCUUGUGGUGGCUCUUGGAAGCUUCGCUACGACAAGGACAGAAAGCAUCAGCAUAACUGGAUACAGUUCUGGAGUUAUAUUGGCUUUUGGAUCGUUUCUGGGAGUCUUGGGAUUGUGUCUUGAGGAAAACCGGAAGCAGCUGUUAAUAGCAUCCAUAGUGUUCCUGAGUUUUGGAAUAAUUGUCUCCUUCUUCUGUGUGGUGGUGGAUGGAGUCUUCAUCCUGCUGAGCCUUGACAUGAGGCCUCUGCGAGCAGGAAGAUGCCAGUACUAUACAAGUGGCAACGGCUACAUUUAUGAGAAUUACUUUGCCUCUGUGCCUUGUCAGGGGCUGACGGACUCCUGCAGCCUUAAAGUGCGAAGUGGAACCUGCUACUGCUGUGACCUGUAUGACUGUGCUAAUGGGGGAUAUUUAAAUAACCAUUAUGAGUUUGUGGGUGUGAAGAGCUGCCAAGACGUCAUGUCGCUGUAUGCAAUGAUCUGGUUACUGACUGCACUGAAUCUGUCGGCGUUCGUCCUGGGAAUACUGACAACUGCAGUCCUUGGCAGCAUUAAAGAUGUGAAGGGAUUUGCUGUGAGUCCUGAUAUAAGAACGCAGCUUCAAGCUUUUCACAGCAGCACAGAUUGCCAGGACAGCAACAGUGCCCUUUCUCCCACUGCUCCAUUGAUACAGGACCACGGACGGAACGCACUAUACCCAAACACAUCGCCAUACUAUGCAACCUCGGACACAGCAGAUGGCACUCAGCCAAUCUCCUCUGACGCUACUAGGACACAAAUCAAUCCGCCUCCUUUUGCACCUCUGUAUAACCUCCUCCAUUGCAGAACGCAGGGUUUCACUGGGUGAGAAUAAGCUCACCACCUCGACGAGACUUGUUUCCUCCUACAUCAUAUUUUCAUUUCCUGUUUCCAAACAAUGCAGAAAGUUCCCCUUAUGCUUGAUGUUUUGGUAAUGAGCCAUUAAAGGCUCUCUAUAUUUUACAGGAGAAAUAUUACAGGCAGAAUAGAGAACAGUCCAAGAAUAGAAAGGCGUAACAUUUUAAGUUCACUUAAUUUAGAUCCCAAAUCACUUUGCCAUUGAUUUGUGGUUGAUACCUAUGCUUAUAAACCAUUAUGAUUCUUGUUUCCUGGAACGUAGAUGACAAUGUUGAUGUUAAAGCAAUUUUUUUAAAUGUUAUUUUGACCCCAUUUUAGUCUGUACAGAAGAUCUUGCCUAGUUAUUUUUUCACCUUUCCUAGUUGGCAGGACAUUUUCAGCAAAUGUUUUUUUUAUGGGUACUUGCCACCAGUAAAUCCAAAGUAGCAAACAUUGUCAUCUGUGAAUAAUUGUACUUGAUUUAGAAAUUAGCGAGAUUUUAUGUAAAUUCUUGUACAUAAUUUGUAAAUAUUAUGUAAGUUUUAUAUGGCCACUGAACCAUAGCGGUUGGAAAUGCUGUUGACAUUUGCUAAUUGCAGGGCUCCUUGUUACUGAUGUGUAUUUAUCUACUGCCUGAUUUUUUUAGCUAUACAUUAGGUAUUUUGCCAGUGAAGCAUUAAACAAAGUCAAUGUAUUUUGCAGAAAACAUACUUAUUUUUGUAUAACAUGUCCUCAUUUUAUAAAACGUGAUGUCUUCUACAAAAAGGUGUUAUAAAUGUCUAAUUGCCAAAAUA